UGCGGUUACUUAUCAUGCGUUCAGGUUAUCACAUGUUGACAGUAUUUCGUUAUUCCCCCCAGUAACGUCUGUCUUCUUCAUGUGUUGAGUAUUUUUUGCACGAGCUUGGUGAACAAUAUUUUCGACGGAAGUAGAGGUUAUUAGCAUCAAGCUAACAUUAGGUUAUAGUUAGCCAUCACUAGCUUACAAACACAGCCUUUGGACUUGGCUUCACAUCGGAUAUAGUAAUUUGUUUUGUGGUCGAAUGAUGGAGGCUAGCGGUAUCGACGUGGGUUCUGCGCGGGGACUAGUCGAAGGCAGCAGCUCCCCUCCGAAUUCGGAUAACCCAUGCGCCGACAACUUGGAAGAUUUUGGGGACAUGAUGAGCAGUUGCUGCAUACAGGAAGAGAGGGGAGAGACACCAGGGCGCGAGGACUGUCAAAUUGACCCGCUCGUUGGUGAACUGGAUAGGGCUUCUGACAAAAGUUUGGACAGAAAAGGCUUGGGGAAAGAAGUACUUUUGUUAAUGCAAGCUCUGAAUACUUUGGCCACUCCUGAAGAGAAACUAGCUGCCUUGUGCAAGAUGUAUGCUGAUCUGCUGGAGGAGAGUCGCAGUAUGCAGAAGCAGAUGAAGGUCCUGCAGAAGAAGCAGACCCAGCUGUCCAAGGAGAAGAUGCAUCUGCAGGGGGAGCACAGCAAGGCCAUAUUGGCCCGCAGCAAGCUGGAGAGUCUCUGCAGGGAGCUGCAGCGGCACAACAAGACACUGAAGGAGGAGAACACGCGGAGCUCACGCGAGUACGAGGAGCAGCGGAAGGAGGCCAUGCUGCAUUUCCAGGUGACGCUGAAGGAGAUCGAGAACCAGCUGGAGCAGCACCGGCUGCACAACCGUAAGCUGCGGCAGGAGAACAUGGAGCUGGCUGCCAAGCUCAACAAGAUCAUCGAGCAGUAUGAGCUACGGGAGGAGCAUAUUGACAAGGUGUUCAAGCACAAGGAGCUGCAGCAGCAGCUGGUGGACGCCAACCUGAAGCGCACGGCAGAGCUGAUGAAGCAGGUAGAGGAGAGGCAACAGCGGGAGAGAGAGCUGCUCUUAAAAGACGCUACAGAGACGAGACACAAAUGUGAACUGAUGAAAGAACAGGAGAUCCAACUGAAGCAGCAGCUUUCCCAGUACAUGGACAAGUUUGAAGAGUUUCAGACGACUCUGGCCAAGAGUAAUGAAGUGUUCUCCACGUUCAGACAGGAGAUGGAGAAGAUGACGAAGAAGAUAAAAAAGUUAGAGAAGGAGACGACAUUGUGGCGAACCAAAUGGGAGACCAACAACCAGGCGCUGCUUCAGAUGGCGGAGGAGAAAACCCUGCGGGACAAACAUUACAAAGCGCAGCAAGGCAAGGUGGAGCGGCUGGAGAAGCUGUGCCGGGCGCUACAGAAGGAACGCACCGAGCUCAACGAAAAGCUGCAGACCAUGCAGGGUCAGGAGCCGGUGGAGGAGGGGACGGGGCCCCCCGACCCCCAGCCAGAGGAACCCUACAGCAGCCGCUCACCGGAGCCUAACGCAGGCGCAGAGCCCGUGGAGGCAGUGCCGGGGACAGAGGAGCCUGGACUCCAGCCGGACGGAGAGCCCUCCUCCCUCCUCACCGAUGAGCAACUAGACGUCUGAGCCAGGCCCCUCCAGGGCUGCUGCCUUUUUUUUUUUUUUCUUUUUUUUUUUUUGUGGAGGUAUAUAUAUUUUUGUGUAAUAGUUAUAAAGAUUUGAGAAGAGAUUUUCAUUUGCGUUAGUGAGUAUAACCGCUCUGUACAUGGGGAUGCUAGGCUUGGUGGUGAGCACUUCUUUCUUUUCCUGUUCCAUCUACCACAUACAUAUUUUCCUAGGAAAUUUCAUGUGGUCAAAGUUGGCUGUCAUGCAGCAGCUUUAGAGUUUAUUUUUCUUAUUCUGAGUCUCUGUUUUCAGUCUCUUCUCUCUGCUGAUCUGUGGGACCAUUUUUGUUCUCCAUCUAAAAGAUGUAGCUCUCAUCUCUGGCCUGUGGGAUCAGAAUAAAUAUUCCAGAUGCAUAUAAUGUUAAAAACAUUGCUUUGUUGACUUAGCCAAGCAUAACUGAUUAACAGUCACCUCUUUUUUGUUUCUGACCAUCCUCCUAAUAACUUCAGAAAUGUCUGGGCAUUAUGAGGGAAAAGAAGUUCCCUUUUAUACCAUAUUGCAGCAAAAGGUCACGCAAAACCGUAAAAGUUGGGUUCCAAAGUUUGGGUGAAAAUUCAUAUUAGCUUUUUCACUAGACUAUUUUUACUCUGUGGAUCUGGAGUCUGCCUUUAGUGAUUGUGCAUCAUGGGCGACUUGAGUUCAAGGGCUAGUUUGAUCAGGCUGCUAUCAACAUUUUUGAUGUACAUUUAAUUUUGGAUGGACACUGUUGUUGACUUCAGUGUCAAAAUGUUGGUCCCAUUGAAAUGCUGCUGCCACUUCCUUGCACCAUUUGAGAUCAGUUUGAGUUCCAGAAUCUGUUUGAACAAACACGUGUUGAGGCAUGGAGCGUAAAUGGAUUCGUUCUAGCAACUAAAUGGCUAAACAUUAGUAUGACUAUGGUGAGCGCACACCUGUUCACCCAUUGUACUGGAACUGAGUCAUUUGACGGAGCUGUUGCUGCUGGCUCUUAGGAGAAUCAUGUUUCCUGUGAUUUGAUGUUGAUCAUGCUGUUGUGCUCCUGUGGAUCAGUGGACUGAUUCAACUGUCUGGUGUGGCUGGGACAUUUUCUUUUCGAACAUAUGGGGCCUUGACACAUUUGAUACUUUAUAUACUGAAAAUUCUGAAUGUUUUUUUUUUUUUUUUCCUUUUUAAAGAAACAAUUUACUCAGUAAUGAACAUGAAUAAAAUAGUAUAAUUCAUGCGUUACACUCCAUACUGAUGUUCGCUGGAACAGAAGGUAUUGUGGAGUUCACAAUGUGGAAUACUGAACUGAAUGAAUGUAGAAAUUCACCCUUGUUGCCAAACGGCCUUAAUGCCCUCUAGUGUGUCAUCCAAUGGAAAGGAAACAGGGUUUACCAUGCCACACUCUCAGGUCUGAGUUUGCUGUCCACAUUAGGUUAGGUUAUGGUUUAGGGUCUCUUAGAAAAAUUAUUACAAGAGACAUUCAUUUAUUAAUGCUUUUGAAAAUGUUCCAUUCAUUGACAUUCCAGGUAGGUGCAUUGCAGCCUGCCAAAACAAUAUUAUUAAUGAAACUAAGUAAUUUUACAUUUUUCAACUUAGAAGGGUCUAUUGAAGUAAUCAUUUUAUUUUAAGUGUUAUAGGGACAACAGGAUGAUAAACAUCCAUAGCAUUCUAAUCAUUGCUGAUGUGUUCGCUAAAAACAUUUGGUCUUAAUAGUAAUGGACAUGCUGAUCAGACCAGUGGCCAUGUAGUGUUGGCACAGAGGGCUGAAGGGCUCAGCAGUUUUGUAUAUAUAAAGUGGCAGUGUCCUGGGGAGAUUUGGGAUGUUUGUACAUUGCCAAACUAAUGACCAAACAAGAGAAUGGAUUUGGGAUCAGUAGACUUCAACCAGCCUCUGACUUGUAUUGAGAAUUUAAACCAUAUGGAGUAGACUUUUAACCAGCCUGACUUUCAGAAUACAUAAUUAUAUACUCUUCACUAACCCAUUAGAAAUGUGAAUGUGCUUUUAGAUUGUGGAGAGGCUCGCUUGUGCCUCGCAAGAUUUUCACCUCAACACAUGCAGUGAACACCUGAGCAGUGAGUGUGGAGUUGUUAUAUGCCCAUCCAAUGUCCUUUAACCCUUAAAGGGAAUGUUGAGAAAUGAAUGUUCUAAAGAAUAUCUGGGUUCAUUGAAUUCAACAUAGAAUUUUAGAACCUUCAAUUGUUGCGGAACUUAGAACGUUCAAAAACCAACACCUUUAAGGGUUAAGUGAUGGUAUGUUCAAUGAGAAGUCGCCCUUGGGUGGUUGGAAAUGAUUGGUACUUUGCCACACAUUUAAAAAAAAAAAAAAAAAUGUUCCUGUCUUUGGCAAUGCCUCAGUUUGAUUCUCAGGUUAUGCAAGAAAUCUACCUCUGCAGGUGAAUCUUGCUGUGAAAGAGGCUGGAGUCAACAAUGCUUUGAAAAGCUUUAUUUCCCCCCCAAAAUGAGCUUGUGUUCCCCCCGAGAUUGUAAACAAAGAUGUUCUGUCCUGUCUUGCUUUUCAAUAAACAUUUUGUAGAAUUUUCCAAACUA